AUGAGAUUAAUGAAACUUACUUAUUACUCAUCCUACGUGCAGUUGCCCUAUUGUCUUCAGGCAUGUAGAAUCCUCACAUGUGUGAGUAACUGCUGGCCACCAAAUGUGCCCUUGCCACCAUGGGCCCAUUCCAUGAUGAGGUCUCUGGAACAGAAACACAGUCCUCUAAUAAUCCGUAUGACAGAAAGAAACAUGAAGUUUUUCUGUGGUACAGUAGUUCAGGGGGAAUAAACCUUUUGUAACUGAAUGACUCAAGUAAAGGGAGUUCUGCCAGAUUGGAAUAUGUCAAAAGACCAAAACUUCAAGCGCUUAAUGAAAACCCUUAGAGGCCCUUCCUGAGAGGUCAUGCAAUUGAUUCAGGCUGCCUAACCCAACCUAAAUGUGGUAACUUAGCAGGCAAUGAAAUGGGUGUUUGGGGAGUCCGGGAGUAGUGUGACUGCUCAUGGUAAAUUUAAUGCUCUGCAUACACAAGGGGAGAACACCUUUUAUGUGGUUCCCUUAGAGACGCAGCUGCAGAAUACUAUUGAGGCAGGCACCCUAGCUGAGAAAGUUACAACCGCUCACCUGCACCAGCUCCUGGUAGGGGCUGAGCUGAAUAGCGUUUGUGUCAAGUUUAAGUAUCUUCUCAAGAUGUAUGCAAACAAGUAGGAGCAGCUUCCCAAUUUCCUGGAGUUGAUCGGAAUGAUAAGGGAAGAAGAGGAUUGGAGUGACACUUUUGUUCAACAGGAGUGGCCUAAAAGAUCUGAGCCAAUAGUAGCAAGAGCAGCCAGCCCUGUGUCAUUUCAGAUUUCCCACCCAGUACUGAUUGGCAGUGCUGACUACAUUUGCAACAUGAAAGACUCAGAUGAGGAUGUGAACCUGGUGAAAUCUGAGGAUCAUCCCUCAUCCAUGUGUGUUCCAGCCCUCGGAGGCAGGAGCAGAUCACACGAUCAGGUGUUGGCUAUUGAUUUUGCCAGCAAUUUCAGGACUCAAUCUCCUUCCAGUGGUUCUGCGCCUAAGAAUGAUAAGCCUAGGGUUAUUUGUAGAACUAGGAGGCAAAAGCACACAAUCCACUGUAUCUAUUGUCAGUCACUAGGAAUCUAUUCAAAAGAAACCUGUGACAAUGAAGGCAGCAAGGUCCAGGUUUUUACUCUGCAGGAGCUGACAUAUAGAGAAGAGAUGUCAAAAGAAGUUCCUGGAGAACACAAGGAACCCUCUCAGCCACUUAUGUUGCUACGCCCAUCCCUAAAUGAAGCCUUAACUGCAUCCGUAGUCUGUUAGUGGGUAAAAUAGGAGAAAGGAGGUGAGCUUCAAACUACAUGAAUUAAUCCACAAAGUAAUCUCCUUUUGGCAGGAGAAAGACAUCUUACAUAUCACCACAGUGCAGAGGGAUGCCCUGAUCUCUACUCUAGCUCCUCCCUUUGCCUGUUUAACAAUCUAUUCUCACUGUGUG